AGACAGCCGACUUCAUCUUCAUUUGACUGAACACUUUUUAGUUUGCAACUUGCAAGUCGUUUCGAGUACGUCACACUUUGUAAUUAGUUGUGUAACUAUUGUGUGUAGUCUAAAUUAAGACCAAACAUGUAUUUUGUUUCCAAUGUUGUUAAAGUCACUAUCCCCAAUUAUUUAUCAAGUUUGCCAAUCCCCGAUUCAUUUGGAGGAUGGUUUCGACUUGGAGUCCGUGAUUGGCUUGCCCUCCUGCCACCAACCCUUGCAAUUGGAGGCAUAUCAUAUUAUUCUUAUCAGACUAUAAAAAAAGGAAAUGAAGCUGGUAAUGGCCAGGUCAAUCCUGGAAUUCGGAAGGACAUAAAUAAAGUGGUCGAUUUCAUUGAUAUCGAGGAUAUCACAGAAAAGGUGUCUUUAUGUAGAUGUUGGAGGAGCAAAAAUUGGCCGUACUGUGACGGUGCUCAUGGGGCCCACAACAAAGCAACGGGAGACAACACAGGUCCUGUAGUUGUUAAGCAUAAGGAGAACAAGUAAUAUGAACAAAAUUGAUGAUAAACAAUGAUAAGAUCGUUUUUGUCUCGCAAAUCAUGAUAUUGCUUUAAAUAAAGAAUUUGAAAAUAUUUUUCAUAGCAUAUAUGUACAUAUUCAUGCUUUAAAAGAUUUUAUCUCCGGCUUCCCAAACAUAUCCGCUUAAUUAGACUACAAUUAUAUAAGAGAAAAAGUGUUUUGUUUAAUGAUUUGUACAAAUGUAGGGAUAGAUCAAUGUUGUUGGAUUAUUUUUAAGAUUAUCAUUUUACAAGUGAUAAAUGAACAAACAAUAAACUUUGCAUUUUGCUUUGUUUUUUA